GUUUGAACGGAAAGAACGUCGUCUUGACAACAACGAAUUUUGUGUUUUCUAAAUGAAAAAUUUGAUUGAUUUUACUAUGAAUUUGAUAAAUUAUGGAUGAUACUCAAAACAGUUCGUCACAAAUUAAUGAAACAAAGAAAGUUCUUCCGGAUGUCGUACAUUCCCAACGUAUACCAGCAGGGACAAUUGUAAAUACCGAAACAGAAUCUCCUGAAAACUAUACUGUUGAUAAUGAACAAAGUGAAAAUUCAGUUCACCAUGCUGAGGCCAAAAGUGAAACAGAAUCUAUAUCGGAAAAUUUGCCAUUCAAGGUGGAAGACUCAGCUUCAGAAACAGAUAAUGUUGUCAAAUCUAACAAAUCUGAACGAUUCCUUGAUAUAGAUACAGACCAAAUGAACAAAACAGAUUCUAUAAACAUUCCAGUAACCCAUUCACUAACUAGUGAAAACCCCAGUUCGCAUGAUCCAAGCAAACAGAGUACAUCAUGGCCAUUAGAUGUGAAUGUAGUUUCUGAUAUUCAUCAUAUUAGUGAAGAAAGUCCAGUGAAUUUAGCAAUGUCAUCAGAUUAUUCUAAAGAAGCAGGUUUUUAUGAGAACGACUCUCUACCCGAUGCCCCAAAAAUAGAUGACAGAGGCUCUCGGGAAUCUCCGUUGAGUGAUAAAUAUGUUGACUCUUUGAAUAACUCUGUAGCCAAAUCUUUGGAAUCUGGCUGUGAAAAUAAAUCAUCAGGACAUCUUAGUGACUAUGCUAAGGAAGACUUACCAGAUGCAGGCAGCUCAGGAUCUGAAGAAAUAAUAAAGCUUGACAUAAGAGGUCAAGGUGCUCCCAAAUUUUCUCUUCCAUCUGCCAAAAUCAUUUUUGGUCCCCCCCCACAAGGAAGUACUAUUCUAGAUCCAAAUAUUGAAGCUAUUCCAGUAUUUCCAAAUUUGCUUUCACCCUUCCUUGUUGGAGCUGGUGAUAGUGUGAAGGUUCAAGAAGUUUUUGAUUUUACAGAACAAGAUUACAAAGAACCCUCACUCCAUAAAUCUCUUGAUGUAUCUUUGGAAAAAUCUAUUGAAUUAUCAGCGGAGAAAAGUUUGUCAAGUGAAAAAACUGAACAGCUGGAUUUGUUGGUUGAAGAAAUAGUGGUUGAUGAAGUCAUACAAAAAAAUGAGGAUAAAAAUGAUGAACCAUCUCUGACUAACCCUCCAAAAUCAUUGGCUCCAGAGGAAACAAUGUCUUUCAGCACAAUGACUACAGAUUAUAAGACAAUUUGUGAAGAAUAUCAUGAAAAGCUUGUGCACUUCGAAGAUGCUAUCACACAACGUGACGAACUAAUUGAAGAACUGACACUCUCAUUGCAGCGCUCGGUUCGUGAACGUGAUGAUCUUAAAGCUGAAAAUGUACACCUCACUAAUGAAGUUCAUCAAUUGCAACAUGUUGUUGGCGAGCGAUCUUCCUCAGAACAUGAUACUAUCAAAGCUCAAUUGUCUGACUUUGUGAAAUAUCAAAGUAUGAUCAAAGAUGAUAGUACAAAAUUUUACUCAGCACUAAUGAGUGGAGGAUCCUCGUUACAAAGUUCAAACGGCGAAAAAGAUAUGGAUCGUGAAGAAAUCACAAUCAACUAUUCAAAGUCUGAUUUAAAGUCUUCCAGUUCUUCUGAUGAAUUCCAAACAGGCUUUGAGAGUAAACUAACAACAGUUAUUAGCAAAUUUGAAGAUUCUAUAGCAGAAAAUUUGAGAAAUAAACUACGAGAAAGCAUUAUUCAAAUGCUUUGUGAUGAAAUAAGCAAAAUGCGUAUAGAUUCAGACACAGAAAUCAAAGAGCUGGAAUCCCAAAUGCAGCAAUACAAACAAAGUUAUGCUACGGAGACUAGAAAAUUAAGAGAGCUUUUGUCUUCUGUGAAAGCUGGUACUGCGGACAUAGAUAUUCUCCGGCAAGAACUGUGUGUCAAACAUGAAAAGGAAAUGGAAAAUUUAAGGACAUAUUUUGAAAAGAAAUGCACUGACAUGGAAAGGAGCUAUUCUGAAGAAGUGUGGAAGGGUCGUUCGUGUAGAUCGCCGUGUGGAUCGGAGUGGUCUGUAGAGGCUGACGCGGCGGGCGAUUACCCGCGCCGGCGCACCAGGAGCGCGGAACUACCUUCCUUUACUUUAGAGACGACAACAGGAGAGCUGGGUACGAAACAGUCAUGCCGCAAACACGAGCAACAGAUGGAGGAGUUACGUACUGAACACACCGUGAUGAUAGCAGACCUGCAUGCAAGACACAAUGCAACUAUCGCCUCAUUACAGGAACAGAUUACUCGACUGAAGUCACACAUCCAGACUUCAGAAAAUACAGAUGCCAAUGUUUCUGUCUACCAGCAGGAUAUUGAUCUGGAGUUAGAAAAGGUCAGUGUUUUAAGAGUCUUAUUAUUAUCUCCAAGCUAAAUGUAACUGAACGCUUUCUGUAAAUAAACGUAAUGCAAAACUGAUGGUGAUAUGGGAGUUAUUCAUCUUAAGCGUGUUUCUACCCUAAUAAUCUACCCUGUAGACUGUAGCCAAUUGAUUUUGUUAUCAAGGUGGAACGUCAUCAUCGGUUUUAUUAUUUUUUAACAUCUUAGAAAGUAGAUGGGCCUAUAUUACUUUUGUAUUUUGUUUUACAAUGAAAAUGUCCACCCCCAUAUACUCAGCGGUAUGUUUUAUGUCUAUACACUUUGCGAUGAUAAGUGAGUACCUACUGGCAAUGAUCACAGCGCGCUACGUGACGAAAGAAUGUUACGGCGUCAAUGCUGUUUAAAUUAAUUUAUUGAAAAGUUUUAUAUAAUAUAAAUUAUAUGCGUUCAGAGUUUGCUAAAUAAAAAAUUUAUAUCUAUAUAUCUAUAAUAAAACUACUAAAUUAAACAUAGUCGGACAUUAAUAUACUUAGCUGAAUCAGAACUAUACAGCCAAUAAAUAACACAGUGAAAUUGUUAAUAUCCGUCUUUGAUAACACUUUGACUUAAGAAAAUGAUUUGACUUUUUGCACUAAUUUUUAAUUCAAACCAACAAAAGUAAUGUAUUCAUUAGACUAAAAUAAACCAAACUCAUAGAUGAAAAUAUGGGCAAUAUUAUUUUAUAAACACUGAAUAUAGUAAAAUAUGAUCAUUUUUUGAUAGUGUUAAUUUUUUUAACUUGACCUUCCACCUUAACAGUGAUAUUAAUAAAUAAGGUUUAGCGUCAAAGUAAAUUUACGCUAAAAUUGCAAUUUUAGUACCUAUUAGUCCAAAUUCAUAUUACACAGAGAAUAAGCAAACCUACCACAUUUUAGGAGUAAAUAUUGGUCCUGUAGAACCUCGUUUUAGGUUAACCUUUGCCAAGUCUCUGUUUAAUAAUAUGAAUUUUGACUAAUACUUAGUGCAGUCUCAUCGUAAAUUUACUUCAAAGCUAAACCUUAUUAAUAACACUGUAAGUGUUAAUAUAUAAAUAAAUCUGUAUAAUAACCUGCAUUCGAAGCUUUUUGUAUUGCCAGUAAUAUAGAAGUUUAAAAUGUAUUUUUUUUCCAAAGUUACAAUAAAAGGGAAUUGGACAAUUCAAUUAUGCAAAACUACGUAUGAAACACGUAGUAUUUUAAAUCCAAAGUGGCUAUUUUGUCUC